AUGAAAUUUGGUGAUGCACUUAAUGAAGGGUUGGUGGCUGAAUGGCAGGACCAAUACGUCAAUUACAAAGAGGGCAAAAAACUUAUUAAAAAGGUUCGCAAACUUAAAGACGAGUAUGAUGAUGAAAUCAAUAAUUAUGAGCAAAACACAGCUGCUGUUGAUAAUGUUGCAACUCGCUUGCCUACAAACACGACUACUAACGACGCUAGAACACCUUUAUUGACACUGAGGAAUGCGCUGCAAGGAGGAUACACGCAAGAGAAUUUUUGUAAUGACAAUGAGCGGGGGGAGCCGGAAGCAAAUCAGGGAAAACAAGGCAUACAGAAAAGUCAAAUAACACAGCAACAACAUUUGGAUUAUGAUCACGAUCACACAAACACUAACACUAACACUAACACUAACACUAACAAUAACAAUAACAAUAACACUAACACUAACACUAACAAUAACAAUAACAGUAACACCGACCCCUACAUUCGUGACAGCCAAAGCCGUGUUCUGCGCGAGCUGGCGUCAUUUCAACGACGCCCUUCAAUAUUCAAUUAUUCACUAAAAUCAUCUAGAGCCGAUUACUUUUCAGAGAAGAAAAAGUUUUUAAAGUGGCUCGAUGAACAAUUGUUGAAAGUGGAUGAAUUUUAUUCCGAGAAAGAGCAGGAUGUUUAUGAACGGUUUUUGCUUUUGCAAGACCAAUUGUAUCAGUUACGAGACCAGCGGACACAAUUGAUACGACAACGGAAUCGUCAUGAAAAUAAAGUGCAUCUUACGGAUGUCACCACAGGUCGAGAUGUGGCUGGAAAACGAGAUCAUCAAAUGAGUAACAAAGUGAAUGACUUGGCGUUUCACACAAAGACAUACUUGAGUGGAUUGCGAAAGUACGAAUUGCCCAGCCUCCCGUCUAUGAGAUUUUUAAAGAAAUGGCGAUAUCGCAGAUACGGAGGUGGGAAACAAUCAAAGGGUGAUGAAGAUGAUAUUUCUUUGCACAUACAAGACGAGUCGGAUUUGAACUAUGCCGAAAAUAGAGUGAGGAAUGGUAUAGUUGAUUUAAGUGAUAAGAAUAGCGAAGAGCAUUCUUCUACAUACUAUUCCGAAUCAGAUAUUGAGGAAACUCUGUUGCCUGCUGCAGAUCCAGGGGUUACGACUACAGGGACAGGAACAAUGCAACACCCGCAAACAGAGGGACAAAUUAGGCAGACCAGAAGAAGGGACUAUACGAUUAAAAAACAGCAUUUUGGCGUGCCUUACUUGUAUGCAAGAAAGCAACUCAAGACUGCAUUGUUGGAGAAUUAUAGAUCGCUAUCUAUUCUUAGGUCGUACAAGACAAUGAAUCGAACAGCAUUUCGAAAAAUUACCAAGAAAUUUGACAAGGCCAUGGGUACUCAAGUGAUGGAGCAGUUUAUGGAAAGAAUUGAUACUACAGCGUAUUUUUUAACCAGCGAUUUAUUGGACAAACUUGUUAACCAUGUUGAAGAACUUUACAUCACAUUCUUUGACCCCGAGUCAAAAGAUAGAAAACAUUCUUUGGAGAAACUCAAAACAAUUGCAUACACAAUCAAUGCUACCGACAUGAAGCCGCCUACAUUCUAUGCAGCAACCUUUAACUCGGCAUUGUUUCUUGGAUUUGGGUUGCCGUUAUUUGUGUUGGCGCUUUAUACUGCAUUGCACAAGACGUUGAGUGGGGAAUUAUCUGAAGGAAGAUAUUUGCUUCAAAUCUGGGGUGGGUUUCUCAUGCUAACCUUGGCGUUUCUCUUGUUUGCUAUCAAUAUGGCAGUGUUUGAAAUGUUUCGAAUCAAUUAUAAAUUUAUCUUUGAGUUCAACUUGGCUACAGCCUUGAACUAUAAACAAUUUCUACUUUUGCCAAGUUUUGCAUUUGGUCUUUUGGGUCUUAUUGGUUGGUUCAGCUUUCAAGAUUUUUGGCCCUACCAUUUUCCUGGACGCGAUUGGCCGUGGUUGUUUUUUGGAAUCAUGCUUGCCAUUUUUUUAUGGCCUGGGAAUCAAUUUUAUGGUGCAAGUAGGCGAUGGUUACAAUUUGCCAUUUGGAGAUUGAUACUUUCAGGUUUCUAUCCGGUUGAGUUUCGAGAUUUCUUUUUGGGCGAUAUAGUUUGUUCAUUGACAUAUACGAUGGGAAACAUGUCAUUUUUCUUUUGCUUAUAUGCACAUAGCUGGAGCGGGACUUUACGUGGUCAAGACCCUAUUAGAAAUACCUGCACUUCAUCGAGAUCAAGGCUUAUGGGCUUUUUCAGUGCACUUCCUAGUGUUUGGAGAUUACUUCAAUGUAUUCGCCGGUAUAUGGAUACAGGAGAUUGGUUCCCGCAUUUAGCCAAUAUGAUGAAAUACACUUGUUCGACAAUUUAUUAUAUGACCUUGAGCAUAUAUCGUAUUGACAAUUCGGUUCGAAAUAGAGCAGUUUUUAUUGUGUUUGCUAGUAUAAAUUCCAUCUAUUGUUCUAUUUGGGACAUUGUCAUGGACUGGUCGCUUUUGCAAAGUGGUUCGAAAUAUUUUCUACUCCGUGAUUAUCUAUUUUACAAAAAUCCUUAUUAUUACUAUGCCGCUAUGGUAAUAGAUGUGAUUCUUAGAUUUCAAUGGAUCUUUUAUGCGUUCUUCAGCCAUCAAAUCCAGCAAAGUGCUGUUACGUCAUUCUGUGUUGCCCUUGCUGAGAUUCUUCGACGUUUUAUUUGGGUAUUUUUCAGAAUGGAAAAUGAACAUGCUACAAACGUGAUCUUGUUUAGAGCAUCAAAAGAAACCCCAUUGCCUUAUGCGGUCUCAGCAAAGGUUGAGAAAGCAGUAAAGAAGCUUGUAGAAUUACGUUACAAUGCAAAGAAAUAUCAAGAUGAAAGUGCGGAGCCUGAGGAACAACAAAACGCUGGCUCAGUGGCAGAAGAAUCAGUUGGAUUUACUACUGGACGUGCUGAGACCAGAGGUUCGAGAACAAAUGCUGCUGCUAACGAAGGUAUCAACGUAGGUUCCAAUGUAGGUUCCAGUGGUGGUGUUGAUGAGUCGUCGAUUGAUCUUGCUAGAGUACCAUUGCCUCCCCCAGGUCCUCAAUUGCAACAGCGCAAGACUUAUUUUAAGCAAAUCACAGAUCGAUUAAACACUGCACACAUCAAGGAUUUCCAAAGAAGAAAGACUGCAGUGCAUAUGGACGAAGAUAGUGACGAUGAGGACGACGAUGAUGCGAGUGUUUUGAGUAGACUGAAUUCACAAACACUGCGUGCCCAAACAGAUUAG